GCUGUUCUCAGGUCGACGCUGAGAUGUGCCUAACAGUCAACCUAUGGCUAGUUUGAAGGAGGUUAAAAUGAUCCCAGAUCAGUGUCUGUUUCUGUGUCAUGCCAUCCCCCAUCGCGCUGCUAGGUGCGCGCCAGCCUCGCGAUAGCCUCGCCUACUAGAAUCAAAGCUCCGUUCGCGAACUGGAUGCUGACAGGCGCGCGGGGCGGUCAUCAUGCAAAGGUUACAUUGGAUCCGUUUCAGCGAGUCUCUAAAGAAGCCGCUCCUCCGCAGGACCCGCACGGGUCACAAAAUGCGAGACGUCUAGCAACACAAAAACGCUAGGACUCAACGUUUCCUGGGCUGUUUGGCUACAGCAGGUGUCAUCGAUGGACGCAAGUUUGGGAUUUCCACGAACGGCAGUGUGUACGCUGGCUCCACUCGGCGGUAAAGUGGCUUCAUGAGUGUCCAAAGUAACAGUGGAAGUGGUGGUGGAAGUUUGGAGGCGACGCCAUCUUGGUCGCAGCUCUCCUCGUCCCCAACGAUUUCUCAACAACAUAUAACGGCGACCGCAAAGAGCAAGGAAGGCCCCAUGGAGGAGCUGCACAGCCUGGACCCCAGGAGACAGGAGCUGCUGGAGGCCAGGUUCACAGGAGCUGUCACUGGCAACACAGGAGGCAGCACAGGGAGCACCAGUGGAGGUGCUAAGGGUCUGGCCAAUGAGUCCUCUAACCACAGCUAUGGCAGUCUGGGCUCAUCUAGCGACAAGGAGUCAGAGAACUCUGAUUUGAAAAGAGGGAGCUCCCCUGCCUACUCAACCCCGGAGAAGAAGCACUCUGAAUCGUCCAGAGGGAGGAAAAGGAAAGCUGAAACCUAUUCAGAGAGUAGUCAAGGGAAGACUUCCACACGUGGGCCCAAGAUCAGCGACUACUUUGACUUCCAGGGUGGAAAUGGUUCCAGUCCAGUCAGAGGCCUUCCAUCGACUCGUCGCUCUCCACAGAACUCACACUCUGCCCCAGGCUCAAUCGUCCGGCAGAAUAGCUCCUCUCCUACAAGUCUGUGUUUUGGGGAACACAAUCCUAAAGCUUCCUCCAGCAAGUGUGUCCAGACGGAGUUAACAGGCCUGAAACUUGCUGCUCUGGAGAGCAACAAGAGUCUGGACCUGGAAAAAAAAGAGGGGCGAAUAGAUGACCUGCUCAGGGCUAACUGUGACCUGCGGAGACAGAUAGAUGAACAGCAAAAACUCCUGGAGAAAUACAAGGAGAGGCUCAAUAAGUGCAUCACUAUGAGCAAGAAACUGCUUGUAGAGAAGAGCACCCAGGAGAAGCAGUCGUGUCGUGAGAAGAGCAUGCAGGACCGUCUCCGUCUCGGUCACUUCACCACUGUCAGACACGGAGCGUCCUACACGGAGCAGUGGACGGACGGAUACGCAUUCCAGAACCUGAUCAAGCAACAGGAGGGCAUCAACCAGCAGAGGGAGGAGAUAGAGCGACAGAGGAAGCUGCUGGCCAAGAGGAAGCCUCCAAACCCUGCAUCUCCCUCCCUCUCGGUGGCCUCCACCUCUGAACCCAAGCAGCGCAAAACUAAGGUGGUCAACGGCAAUGACUCUGACCCCUUCCUCAAGCCCUCCUUGCCCCAACUACUGACCCUCGCUGAGUACCACGAGCAGGAAGAGAUCUUCAAGCUUCGCCUUGGACAUCUGAAGAAGGAGGAAGCUGAGAUCCAGGCGGAACUGGAGCGGUUGGAGCGGGUGAGGAACCUCCAUAUCAGAGAGCUGAAGAGGAUAAACAACGAGGACAGCUCGGCUUUUAAAGACCAUCCUACCCUGAAUGAGAGGUACCUGCUGCUGCACUUGCUGGGCAGGGGCGGUUUCAGUGAAGUCUAUAAGGCUUUUGACUUGUUUGAGCAGCGAUACGCAGCUGUUAAAAUCCACCAACUCAACAAGAACUGGAGAGAGGAGAAAAAGGAGAACUACCACAAGCAUGCAUGCAGGGAGUACCGGAUACACAAGCAGCUGGACCAUCCCAGAAUAGUCAAACUAUACGACUAUUUCUCUCUGGAUACUGACACGUUCUGUACAGUUUUGGAGUUCUGCGAAGGCAACGACCUGGACUUUUACCUGAAGCAAAACAAGCUGAUGUCGGAGAAGGAGGCACGCUCCAUUGUCAUGCAGAUUGUCAGCGCCCUGCGCUACCUCAACGAAAUCAAACCCCCCAUCAUCCACUACGACCUCAAACCUGGUAACAUCUUAUUGGUGGAUGGUACUGCGUGCGGAGAAAUCAAAAUCACAGACUUUGGCCUAUCAAAGAUUAUGGAUGAUGAUAACUAUGGUGUGGACGGGAUGGACCUCACAUCACAGGGAGCAGGCACCUACUGGUACCUUCCUCCAGAGUGUUUUGUAGUGGGGAAGGAGCCACCUAAAAUCUCCAACAAGGUUGACGUCUGGUCCGUGGGAGUGAUCUUCUUCCAGUGCCUCUACGGACGCAAGCCGUUUGGUCACAACCAGUCACAGCAGGAUAUUCUCCAGGAAAACACCAUCCUCAAAGCCACAGAGGUCCAGUUCCCUGCCAAACCACAGGCUAGCACAGAGGCCAAGGCGUUUAUACGGCGCUGUCUGGCCUACCGCAAGGAGGACCGGUUCGAUGUUCACCAACUGUGCUCGGACUCCUACCUCCUCCCUCACAUGAGACGUUCAAACUCCUCCGGCUCCCUGCAGCCCUCCGCCUCAUCUCUCUCUACCUACUGACUGGCUCUCUCAACAUAACUGACAGGACCCUCUGGCCAAUCUCAAGGCAGGAUUGUUGGAAUCUGAGGAUAAUGGAUGUGGAUUUUUUUUUUUUUUUUUACCUGAGCUGUUCCCAAAUGGUCGAAUAAGCAACAGAGUGGAAUUAAAUGUAGAGCAUGAGAUGGAAAAGAGUUAAGAAGUACAAGUGGGAUACUCACUUUGCAUAUGUUGUACAGAGUUGUGCCCCUGAACUCAACUGCGUGAGAUAGGGGAAAGAACAUAACUGGAAAAUAGAAAGGAAAGAGAGAGGGGCAAGAAUAGAAAGACAGGCUCGGCAUUGUUUGGAGCCAGAAGAUGAUGAAUCUAGAGGAUUUCUUUAUGGACUUUAUUAAAUAAGCCCCUUAGGUGACAUUUCAACAGCUGUAGGAGCUCCUAGAUGCCCUGUCCACCUCGUUUAGCCCAUCAUAAUACACUUCACAAGAUGGCUUAGAAUUUCUUCAGCAUAAAGCCACUGUUAUAGAUGUUCUCUUGUUGCUGAUAUGAGGGUGGCGUUGACCAGCGGGGAUCAGAAGAAAGGGGUGAACAGGUGUGUGUUGCAGAGAUGGUAUGAGUGUCUGUGUAUUAAAUAUGGGCUACCUGCUCAAGUAUACUCUGCAAUCCAUUGUUAUGAGGUACAAAGCGAUGGGGUCAUUGAAUUUACCCUUGAAGUCCCUCUGCACAUGAUGGGGAUUCACUUAAAUGUGAAAAAAAUAGUUCCAGAUUAAAUUUCUGGGGUUGAUUUGCACUUCCGGUCCAGAUAAUGCUAAUCUGGUUUUAUAAAUUUGGCAUGAAGUACUACAGCGUGGGCUUGUUCUGAACUUAUCACUAGCCAAAUCCUCAGUUCACAUUUUCGUUAAGUUGCAAAGCAAUUCAGAUCUACAACUGGGUUUACAGGAAGUGGAUCUGUAAAUCUGUUUUAAUCCAUUUUCGUUGUUCAGAUGAGAGUCAAAAUGUUUCAAACAGCAGAGUAUUACAGUACCAUGUUGUCAUUGAUGUCCUCAACCUGCCUGAAGAGAAUUGGAUUGAACUGAGGGACUUGAUCAGCUGUCGGGACACAGAAUUUAGUGUACAUUUCAUGUGCAGGAGACAUUACUCACUAGCAAAUACAUAAUAAUGAGGCUUAUCCUUGCUUCCCAGUGUCUCACUUUGCUCCGUUUAUUUGUUUCUCCUCCUGAAAGCUGUUCUCAGUUUGCUGCUAUAAAUGUUGCUUUUAGUUUUUAACGUGCGAAUGGUUUUCACCUCGCAUACUUGAACUGUGUUAAGAGGAACAACACGUUCUCACACACACACACACACACGCACGCACGCACGCACGCACGCACACGUUGUCCACAUGAGGUUUUUGUUUACUUUCAUGUACAAGUUCAACAGACCUUAUAUGGAGCAAAGUCCCAGUAUGCUGUGUAGUGAGAAUUGACCACACCUGUUCAUGCCAGUAGAACUGGGCACGCUCCAGUUUGGCUGUGUUGCAGCAUGAUUCACUGCAGCUAGAAAGCAAGUGGAUAUAUCCAAAUGUUGUUGUCGUGUAAAUAAAACACCAACCUGUACCUGUGUGUGGCAUUAUAAAAACCCUCUCACAUACAAGCUAACCUGAACUCUGCCCAAAGCACGCAUGCAACUAGAUGUCCGAUAAAAAGACAAGUGGGAGAAGUUAACAGCAAGUUGUGGUGUCUUAUCUUCUCACUGCACUCUUGCCUGCAUUAAAAGUCUUAAUUAAUUUUAAUUUAUUUUUUUUAUGUGCGAGCCGUUAGAUGAACAAAAAAACCCAAACAGUGAUGUAGUUUCAGUAACCUGAUAGGCAGAUUAAACUGCAGGAAGUACCUGCUCACGGUUUACUGCUCCCACAGCAAGUGAUGAAGUGCAAUGGAACAGGUAAAGUGUGUCCAGUUUGAUAAAUUGUAAUUUUAUCAACUUGAGUGCAGUAAGGCAUAAAACAAACUUCUCCCCUUCUGUCUAAAUUUCUCUUCUACUUGACAAAAGAACAGUAGAAAAUGGGUGCUAGCAUCAAGUGCAUAAUACCACGAGCCGUGUGUAGACAGAUGCAAGUACAGACGUUAGCAAGCUACGUGUCAGAUUACAUUAGCGAUGGGGUUGCAAUGCUAGGCCAUGUCAUUCAUAUGCAAUAAAAAUUGCCUUACAAGUCUUA